AUGUUACUCUCAUCUGAGUCUGGCGCCGUUGUUAAUAACACGGGGGCCAGCACGGCCUUAAAUUACCGCGGAAGGGCAGCGGAUUGGGUUAGAGCAGGAGCCCUCGAAGCUGGAGCUAGGGUCAUAUCACCGCUUGUGGCACAGAUCCUGGAGGGCCGGAGCGGACGGGCCGUGUCGCUGUUCAUGGGCUCCAUCUCCAAUCCUUUGCCACCACUGCUCCACUUGCACCAACCACCGCAAACUUGGUCUUGGCGCAAUGCCCAAGAAAGGACCAGGAUGAGUGGCAGGGAUAGUUCACUAAAGCAAAACAACGUCCCACAUGGACAGCAGUCAACCACAGUAAGGAGAGAGCAUGAUGAUAGCUGCCAAUCCGAGGAUGUGGCCACGGUAUCAUCCACGAGCCCUUUGAUAUGUGACUCAACUCACUCACCCACCACAACUCAUGUUCCGCACCCUGCCGUUGCACCCUACACUAAAUCUGCAUAUUCAAAAACAAACGAAUCUUUGCCAAGGCCAAGCUCUUCACCUGGAGUCUCGAGCGACCACUUUGUGCCCUCUAGGUCAGAUGGUAUGGUUCGUGCUCAGACAGAUGUCACCUUGCCUACCUCAGUGGAGGGGAAGUCACUCACAAAUCAAGAAAAUGAACUCCCACUGCGCCGCUCAAACAGUGACAAGCCCUGCUCCCAAUCCUUGGUGCCAAAGGUGUGUGCUGAUGUGAGUCGAACACUUAGUGUGCCUGUGGUUCCUUUAAAACAGCCAUGUUCCUCAUCGGCCAGGAGGGAACACUUGGAACUUGGAACUUCGAAGAGCUCACCAAACCGCAUCACAGGCUCGGCAGCUCCAGUCGUUCAAGCACAGGAGUCAACAGGAAUCGACCCAAAAGCAGAUAGGCUGUCACCAAAUGGAAUCUCCUCACAGCACCAGAAAGCAGGGCUGCCCGGUGAAGCUGCCCCAAGCACCACCAUGGUGCAGCAGAGUGCCACAACUGCAGCUGAGGUCCUGUCACAGCCCGCAGCGUCAAGUCACUGUGAUUCCCAGCCGUCAGUGCAAAGUGCAAGUGAUUCCAGCUCCAUAGAAGUGAGGGUGGCCACCCCUUCAUCCAGCGAGAGAGACCUUUCGGCAGCAACAAAGCUUGACUUGUGUGGGAUCAGUGCAUCUGUGAACAGUGUAGCGUGCUCGUCUGAUUCCGAUUCUCAUGAAAGUGCAAAGGGCAGCCUCGCAUCCACUGAUGCAGACUCGGGGCUCCGAGUGCAGUUCACUGGUUCAGGUGGGAGGGAGAGGAGGGACAGCAGUGGAACGCUCUCCCUCAACCAAGCCCAGAUGAUUCCCAAGUCAGUGUCAUUUCAUAGUGGCACAAGCUUACCUGCUGAACGAAAGAUCUGCAGUGCUCACGACUGUCUUCAAUUUAUGAUCACCGGCAGCAGCCUACUUAAGAUCAGGGCUAGCUCACGUCAGUACCGUCGCUACUUCACGCUCGAAGAAGAUCUCUCAGCCAUUAAGUGGGUGCCAUCGUCAAAGAAGUCAAACAAAGCACGGUUAUCCAUACGUUCCAUACGAGAAAUCAGAAUUGGAAAGAGCACUGAUGUGCUGAGGGACAAGGAAGUAGCUGGAUGUUACUCUGAGGACUGUGUCUUCUCAGUCAUAUACGGUGACGACUUUGAAUCGCUAGACCUCGUUGCCUCCACUCCUGAUGAAGCCAACUUCUGGGUCACUGGCUUGAACAUGCUCAUCGCAGCAAACCGAUCACCUGAUAACCUCGAUGAACGGCAGCGAAUGAGAGAAAAGUGGUUGCAGGAGAUGUUUGAAAAGGCAGACACAGAGAGGAAAGGACUUCUGGAUGAAGUGGAAACCAUAGCUCUGGUUCAGAAACUUAACAGCCAGCUGAGUGUUGUCCGGCUCAAACAAAAAAUGAUGGAGUUUGAUGUUGGAAAGACUGAGCAAGACCGGGGCAGGAUAGACAGGUCUCAGUUUGUAAGCUUGUUCAAAGAGCUGGCUACUCGUCCAGAGGUGUACUUUCUCAUGGUCAGGUACUCUGGCAAAGACUACCUGACUGUUGAAGACCUCCAGUUUUUUCUCGAAGGUGAACAGGAGUUUGAGAACAUCACCGUUGAUGAUUGCCUGAAGCUGAUACAACGAUAUGAGCCCUCAGAGGAGGCCAAGAAAAACAAGCAGAUGCUCUUGGAUGGGUUUACACUCUUUCUGCUGUCAGAUGAGUGCAGCCUAAUGGACCAGGCACACAAGCAGGUAUUCCAGGAUAUGGAUCAGCCCCUUUGCCACUACUUUAUAUCUUCAUCACACAACACCUACCUUAUGGAAGAUCAACUAAAAGGACCUUCAAGCAUAGAUGGCUAUGCUCAAGCCCUCAGCCAAGGGUGUCGUGUUGUCAAAGUGGACUGCUGGAGUAGCACUGAAGGGCCUGUUGUGUUUCAUGGCAACACGUUGACAGGAAAGGUCCCGCUGAGUGCAGUGCUAGACACUAUUCAUGAACACGCUUUUGAGGCUUCUGAUUACCCGCUAAUUCUCCACCUCGAGAACCACUGUACACCUGAAGCUCAAGAAGAAGUCGUGGCUUUGCUCAUGGAGAAGCUGGGUGACCUGCUUUACAUCCCAGGCAGAGAUGGCGGGGAGUUCACCACAAAGUUGUCACCUCAAACUUUGAGAAGGAAGAUUAUCAUAAAGAGUAAGAAGCUUCCUAAAGGUUCUGAAGAAGCCGAAAUAUCCGAAGAGGACGACUUUGUUGACAAAAACAGCAAUCACUCGGAAUCAUCCAAGAGGCUGAAGCUCAUCAAGCCACUGUCCGAUUUAGUGGUGCUGUCCAGAAUCCACUUCACUGAUUUUCCAACUUCACAGCAAUCUCAGACCGAGGAUGAGGUGUGCACUUUCAGUGAGACCUCUGCUCUCAAGUUGGGCCACGCCUUGGCAGAUGAAGUGGCAGCGCACACUCGUCGCUUUCUGGCGCACAUCUCGCCAACGGCCAGUCGAGUUGACUCGAGCAACUACAAUCCCCUGGAACUGUGGGCAUGUGGCUUCCAGAUGGCGGCCAUGAAUGUCCAGACAUCGGGUGUAUCGAUGGAUCUACAUCGUGGCUGGUUUCGACAAAAUGGUGGCUCUGGCUAUGUUCUCAAGCCACCUUGCCUUCGCCAACCGUGGUCCGUCUUCAAUGCCUACCGACGGGAAACAUUCUCUGAUAAUGAGCCUCUUUACUUGCGGGUCAAGAUUAUUAGCGGCCAGCAGUUGCCACUGCCCAGGGGUGCCUCAAGCAAGGCCACGGCCAUCGACCCCUACGUGACUGUGCAGGUGUUUGGGAUUCCCACGGACUGCGCUGAAGCGCGUACGAAGACAGUGUCCAACGAAGGUCAUUCUCCUAUUUUUGAUGAGUGCUUCGAGUUCACAGUAGCUGCUCCAGAGCUUGCCGUUCUGCGCUUUGCUGUCCUGGAUGAUGAAUUUAUUGGGGACGACUUCAUUGGCCAGCACUCAAUACCAGUGUCAAGCCUGAAAACAGGCUACCGCCACGUCCAGCUCACAUCUGAUACUGGCAAAGUACUUGAAAACUCUUCACUCUUUCUUCACGUUACCAUGAGCACCCGGUCAGGAGACAAGAAAUUAAGAAGAAAACGAUCCUGGCAGACUCGACCGCAGGCUGAGAUGAGGCACGUUGGCAUUCGUCACCUCGAUGAAGCCUUUAAGGGGGCGGCUGGUGCGUUGAAUGAGUGCCAGCGGCUCAAAGGAUCCUUGGACCGGGCCGUACUCGAGUGCUGCGAAGAGUGUGGCCUGCCAAGCAGUGCAAACUUGGCCCAGUGUCUGCGGGCAGCUGCACUCCGUCUCGCUUCGGCUUCUGAAGUGGUUGGCAUCAGCAUUGUCGAAGAGAAAGGGUACCCGGUGUUCAAGGUACACGGUGAACCUUUUGUGAAGGCAUCAAAACUGGUCACUGCAUUUGACAAGGUGCUGGCCGAGUGCAAGGCCAUCUCCGAGACAUCGCAAUCUGUUUUCAAGACAUUGAAUGAGCUGUACCAGACCAUGAAAAGUUUCUCCGAGGACCUGAAUGGCAUGUGCGCAGCUGUUGGUCUCAAAGGCAAGAAGGCCGAGAAGGCUACUGAGCAUUUCCUAUGGAAUGCCAGCAUCGUAGAGUCAAGGAUGGACAUGCUUCGUAAAGUGGAUAAAGAAAGCCAUGCCUGCAUGAAACAGGUUCUUCGACUUGGGCAGACUGCAAGACGGCUUUAUCAGCGAGAACGAGAGGGGUCGUCAUCGCGCACACAGUCUGCAUCAUCUUCUACAGGAAGCACGCUCUCUCCACCAGGGGCCAAUACUCUGGGCUGCCCACACCCGCCUCCACCAACGCCGACCUCUCCAGGAGGUAGCGACACCCGAAUACGAGGCAUCCUCAAAAAGACAUCGAACCACCCUCCGCCUCUGAGCUCUCUGGAGGCCAUUGGAGCCAUUGACAAUUCCAGCGGAGGCGAGCCACUUCUCACUCCUUCACCGUCGCCUCGGGUGAAACAGGCGCCGAACCCUCCAGAGCUUGGCACAUCGCUCUAGUCGUCGUAGCAGCUCUGUGCCCCUCCUCGAACUAUGCUGUGAAGUGCAGCGAGGUCUCUAAGUCAUCCACACGCUUGAUGUCUGAAAUGUUUGUCAGAUGACAGAAUGGUAGUCGCACACAUUUAGAAAAAUCCAGCUGUGCUGCUUACAAGGCUCAUCAGCAUGUUCAGUCAUGUUGCAUUGUGUGAGCUUGGUAAACAGGUGAAUCCAAGAUGUGGCACUUGAUCUCUCGGCAAGGCUACCUUCUCCCUACUUACCAUGCAAAGUUUGUGAAGCUGCCAGCUUGUAAGGGUGUAGAACCAUGUCUCUCAGUUGAUGUAGAGCUUGUUGCAUCUUAAGAGCAGUUUAAGAGGAAAGGUGCCACUAUAAGUGCGCACAUUCAAUCAUGACUUGGCUUGUGCUCUCAGCAAGUGUUCACAUCCACUAAAAACAUACAUUCUGGAGCUGUGGCCAUUGUGAAGAACACGUUUCCAGCUGUCACAGCUGCGUUUUAAGAAUGCAGCAUAGUGCUAGUCAAACCGAAAUGACUGUGUUGAACUCAGUCGUAAUUUACAACAGCUGUGUGCACACUGAUGUGUAGGGAGUAGCCAGUAGAUGAACUACUUUAUGCACAAACGUAGACUUUUCUUUAAAGUCCAUGUGCUAGUCUCAUUUCCAAGGUCAUCACGGCCAGUGUAGCACUAGAGGAGGUCAGUUUUUGGUUAAAGAAUAGCUGAAGAUCAUUACAUGGGUGUCUCUGCAGUUCUGUGCAGCCUGGUUGAAUCUGAAUUUGUAGACAAGGGAAUGAAGAGAUGGGGAAAGUGGAAUUUAAGGCUAAUUCAGGCGAUGCUACAUUCUGCGUUUUGAAGCAACCUGACCCUAAGUUGGUGCAACUCAUCCUAUUGUAAACUACUGCUUUGUCACCACCUAUUACAAACGUCAGCUGACCAUCAUGUAUGAGCUUAUUCAUCUGUCAUAGAAACAUCCUGACACAAAGACUACUUUAUUGUGUGCAUAACCAAGAAACCAUUCCUAGCACUUGGCCUUCCUUCUGCUGCACCGAACUACAGAGCUGUAAUGUUAAGCUUGUGUGCCUGGUGCACAGAUGCAGCUGCUGCUACAUAGUGCACAACGAUGUGUGCAUCUCUGUAUGCAUCACCUGGGCCAAUGGUGUUGAGGUGCCUUUUACAUCCAUGUUGAGUUGCAUGGACCUUCGACAUGGGGCUAGCUCAUGUUCUUCAGAGAGGAUACGUUAAUAGCACCAAUUUGAGUGUCGAACACAGUGACACAAACAAGGCUACUCCACAUUCGUGGGCAUAGCAUUGUCAUGACCUCUGCAGGACAGUCAUAGUCAAUGUGCCGCUACUUUCUGUAAAUGCGGUUCACAGAUUGCUAUGCUUGCCAUGGCAUCUCGGCAGGCUUGCCUUGAGUCAUCAAUGUGUACAUAGUCGAAACAUAAAUAAGAUAUGUCAUUCCUGAGACCAUAACUAAACUUUAAGAGUGCUUGGCUAUGGCAGAAAAGCCUGCCGCUGUCAAGAAAGAGAGGGCCUUGCACAGCUAACUUGGAUGCUGGGCUACCUGCGGAGAGUCUGUACAUAUUGGGUAACCGACCAGUGUUCACCUUCUUGCUUUAACUUAUUGUGGAGAAAGAGGAGGAUCUUCUUUCUUUUUCCCGAGUGUUAAUAGAAUCCAUCAGAGUGACAGUGGUUUUCUGAAUCGCCACUAGCUAGUUUUGUUGUGGGGUACACUAUGUUGUUGUUUGGCUGUUGUCAAUACAGUAGACUGAGCUCAAGCUAUACUUUUGACUUGCAGAGAAAAAAAAAUCUCAAAACUGGAGAAAGCUCUUUUGCUCGUAUUGCAGAGAGGCAACAAGGAACACAAAUCUCUCGUAGCGUUUGCUGCAGCUGCUUUGUGAUAGAGUAACACAUGGAAUGUUGCGCAUAAUCUGCAUUGUUGAACUGUGGUCAAUAAAAGCCUGCAGCAUAAUGUGUGUGCUUUAUGCUGCAAGGUCACAAAGGUACUGUGGCAAGACUAGGAUAUUGUUAGGUGGUACUUCAGUUGUCCUGAAAGAAUAAUGCUGCUAUCUGCACUUGAUUGUGUGCCAUUGGAGCAGAGAAAAUACUGCCUAAAGGAUAUGGACAAAUGAAUUAAUGAGACACAUACUGGUUGACUUGCAACCGAUUUGCUUUGGAAUUUGUGAUGACUACAUACCAGGCAAGGCAGCUCACUGUGCGUGCCAGCCUUUAAAAGCAACAAUAAAACGAACCAAAAUUCUCAAUGUUUUGAUAGACUAACAAAACAUUCCCAGCAUUUCGGUUAUCUAGCCCACAGGUGAAACUUUUGCUAAUUCUCGUUGAGGAGCAAAUCGAUGCAGAGCUGAGACACCUGUCCUUUAAGCUUGAUACGUUCUUGCUGCCCAAGAUGUGCACUGUUUUUCAUGGUAUAAGAAUGGCCUCAACCUUUGACAUAAACUUGUUUUGAAUUAGUGCAGUACAUAUUUAUCCUGUUUCAUCAUUUCUCCAUGUCUGCUGCAUGCUACUUUAUUUACUCGGAAGAGUGCUGGAAGCUUGAAGAACAUGUGUUAACAGUCUCUCAUGUUUUUGGCAGUAUGUUGUUUGGAUAGGUCUUUUCCAAGUGGAAAUGCAGGUGUUAUGAAAAGAAGAAUGCAGGCAAGGCUUUUAUUCUUGCUUGACAACAUGAUGGAGCUCUGUUCCAGUGGCUCCAGGUUGUUCGAAAUUGGCAAGGUCAAAGAAAACACAUACAAGUACCAUUUUCCUAGUAGUUGGACUGCCCUCGAGUGGCCGUGCUUUAUUUUUUCGCUGUCUUUGUUUGAAGUAGUUAAUUGCAUGCAUGCACCAUAGCUGAAGAGUUAAGCCUUUUUACACCUUUUUGUCAGCCUGAUCAAGGUGCUCCACAAUCCCAAUCCCGACACUGCGUUUACAUGCAGAUGUCACCGUUCCGAAGAGCUUGCUUUUUGCCAGCUAGUGCACAGUUUGUCACAAGAAAUUUCCCGCUUGCUCAUAAUGGGCAAGUUUGAUAAUGUUAACUCAGUGCAUGUUAGCAUAAGGAGCCUUGUGUAGUUGUGCAAUUGUUCUGUCCGAGCCAAGGCUUUUGACUUGUGUUUGCUGCUAGAACUAUGCAGAUAAUUAUAAAUACUAUUAAUGGAACACAAUUGUGCUUUUUGUUGCAUUGUUAUUGUAUGUAGAGUUUAUAUUACUGACACGAGAGGAAGUAUUCACAGCCUUGCACACUUGACUCAUAAGUUAACUGUUGCAGAGAUGUUAAGCUUGCUGUCAGAAAAUGUUUUUUCUCUGCAACUUGCAGUGCCUGGCAUUCUGUGCCAGCAGUACCCUCACGUGGGCACCACUUGGCAUUGGUAGUGGCACUUGUUGGAUUUGUUGAAAAGACGCUGUCCUAGAGCAAAGUCGUAUAUAGCUGUUGACAGCUUCUUACUCUAGAAACGUAAGUAAACUCAAGAGUAAUCUUGUUGGUGUAAUCUGGAUAAUGGAGCGGUAUCACGAGUCUGUAAUGCUUGAGUUUUUUGCUGUGAUAAUUGGAAAUGGAGGCAGAAGCACUCAGGCCUCUGAAAUACAAUGCCAUCUGCUGUUCAGUAUCACUCAGCAAAGCUUUCUUCUAGCUACCAAGUGUUUUACUUAAAGUUAGGAAGUGCUGACUUAUACAUUCCAAUUACACUAACUUGUGAGAAAGGGCAGUGCUUUGGUGGUUAGAGGUCUGCAAGGGAGCAUGUAAAAAAUUACCACUCAACAGCAAUUAGUUUAGUGAGUGUACUUGGUUACAAAGUAAAAUCAUUGGAUUAAAUAAUUUAAUGCUUGCUAUGUAAAGUAAGUUUUUAAAGAAUUUUGUUCUAUAUCAGGCAGGACUCAUUGUUUGCUUGCAUGCUUGCUGUCUAUAUGGUUGCUGUGUGUCAGCGAGAAAAUAUAUUUUUUUUUAAUCUCGCGACAGCUGUGCAGUUGAAUGCUAGGUAUUGAAAAAAGUGUAGGGUGGUUACCUAUGAGGCAAUCCUGUACUUACCAGUGUUUGCAUUGCUUCUUUGUUGAAAUAAAAUUUCAGCAAUGGGGGUGGGGGGGGGGGGGGGGGGAGCCCAAACUUAAAUUUUAACUCUUAUUGGAAUAUGUAAAAUCACACCAGCAAACAAUGAGGCCCACUGAAUGCUAAUCUAUGUCACCAUGUUUGCACAUAACAGAACAUUUAUGUGACUAUGAUAUGGACAGGUCUUUUAAUGGCUCAGCUUUUUUCUCUCUUGUUGUUAAAAUACAAACAUUUCUGGUAACACUGGCAUUUAGCACUAAAUAAGAAUUUAUGUGGUGUCUUUCAAAAGCAUUGCUGAAAUGCAAGAGUGCUGUUAAGUCAUUAGAAGCUUGUGUUGUUUCCUUUUGUGAGACACUCUACAUCUGUUAGUUCAGCAGUACACUGAAUGCCAGUGUCCUGGAGCUGUAUCUUAUAACAGUCCUUUUCCUUCCGUUCAAUUCUCUUCCUUUUGUCUCUCGCACUGACUACUGAUUAUCCCAAAAAUGGCACAUGCACAGGCCAAUGACAACUAUGCUAAUUGAAGUAAUUGUGAUUUGCCAAUCAGCAUAUGAUGGGCAGGUGACAAAAUGACGCAUGAGUCAGUGAUGAAAUGCAGAAAGAAUGGGAUUGGGUAAAAAUCUUAACAAAAUCUGGUCCUUGCUACUCAAGAUCAGAAAGAUUUUUUUUUUUCCAUGAAGCUUGUCUCUGCAGCAUAGUUAAAAAAUAAUUGCUGUUCAUGCUAAUGCUUCACUGUGCCACAAAUCCUGGCCAUGCGUAAUUAUGCAUUUACUUGGCCAUUUUCAUCAUGCAUAUACUUCGAAAAUGAGCAAUGCUCUCAGUGCUGUAAUAAGUUAUAACCAGGUAAAGGGAAGCUGAAGUGGUUUUAUACAAUGCCACCACAACAUUAUUUACUAGUUGUGAUAAUGUCGAUGUGAAAUUAGCUUGAGUUUCUCUGGUCAAAUUUAUAAUGUAACAGCAGGGCUUAAAAAAAAGGCGGGGGAGGGAUGUCAGCAUACAUACUACCUCAUGCAAGUCCUGUGUGAGGUUCGAGAAUGAUUGUGGUGGAGUUUGCACUCCCAGCAAUGUUGUCACUUGAUACGCUUGCCUUUGGGAAUAGAUAUUAACAUUGAUGUCAUUACUGCAGUUUCGAAUGCAUGAUUUAUUUUGACAUUUUUCUGAACCUUUAGCACUUUUCGCUCUUGUAACCAUGUGGACAUACACUGUGUGCACAGGUUGCCGAAAAACUUCGUCAGAGCUUGGCAAAUCUUUUCCAUAAGGCUCUUCAGCUUCCCUUUAGAGCUUUAUACUGCUGUUGAACCGUCCGACAUUGAGCAUAACAUUUACUGACUUCAAGCUGUGAAAUUUGACUUCUUGCAUUGUUGUGUUGCUCACUGAAUCUCCAGCAUGAUUAACAUGUAAAAGUGUGGGAGUGGAUUGCCACAGCAUCAAGAAAGCUUUUUCUAUGUUAUGUGUCACAUGUGUUCAUGUUCUCAAGGCCUUGAGUGACAGCUUUUGGCUUGUGAUUCAAGGCGCCAUCUCUUGCGUAUCUUUCAACCACAUUGGGUCCAGUGCUGCCAUCUGCAUUUUUACAGUAUCCAUUAGAUAUGAUUGGCUGGCAAGAAUUUCUUAGUUGUUUUUACAUGAACAACCAGAGGCACUGAGCAGGCCUGUGGACAUCAUGGACUUGAGAAUAGUAAAUGAUUAUUGUAAACAGUGAUUGCUUUAUCAUGUUGUUAAUACAAGUUCAUGAUCAGUGUGAAAAAAAAAAAAGGUUAAAAAGCCAGGUUGGGAGGACUGUCCUGCUUAAGGUUAAAAAUCAUGUAUUUUUCCUGCAUCUUGGCAAACUGUGUACAUUUGAGACAUUAGUAGUUGAGGGCACUACUUGUAUAAUAUGGUGACACUCUGUCCCUUGGCAUUUUUCUUUUUUUGUCUUCAAGUGGCAUUGUUGCCACAAGUACACUUCAUACUGCUCUUAGAUGAAACACCUAAUUUUCUGUGUCACAGAAACACCACACAACAUUGUGGAAACUAAAGCAUGUAACUGACAGUCGGAAGCCAUCUGCCCUUUAUGAUUGCUGACGGCAUAUUUUUCAAUACGCCAGCUACCCAAUCAUGCCUACUGUGGCAGCCUGCCAACCUGCCAAUCAGAUGGUUGAUUGUAUGCUGACUGGUGCCUUUGCUUUUUCCUGCUAUGCAGGACUAUGCAGUCUGGCUGACUAACUCUAGCUUGCACAAUGCAGAAGCCAGCGCAGUAUGAAGUGUAUUUGACUGAGAUUUGGUACACAUUCAGAGUAAAAUUAGCAUCCAAACUAUUGCUGUUUUCUUUGACAGAAGUGAUCCAUACCGUGCACUAAGCAGAAAUAUGUCACAAAAGGGGCUGAUUUGGAGGCAUUCUUGUCUUGUGUGUGCUCUGCUAAUUGCAUGUUCUCGUGCAUACCACAUAUGUUUACCAGCAUGAAAUUUGGAAUUUCGCUUGUCUGUUCAAAACCAGGUUUUACAGAUUGAGGAAAGCAGACCGGUUCUCAGAGCCAAAAUUGAAGCCAGAACUGGACCUCGGACACAAGAUGCCUGUCAUUCACACAACUGUUUCUCCACUCCACUCAGACUGUCUGAUGGUUCUUAGGGAAUCUCAAAUGUAGUGUAAUAUGGAGGAUAUGUGGGAGUACAUCUAGUGGAGAAAUACCAAAGUGGCAGCACUGAGACUUGCAUGUUUAAUGCAGUAAUUGCGCUCAAGCUGUUCAUUCCAUUUUGUUUAUAUUCCUCUCUACUUCUGCCUUCAGUGCAAAGUGUGCUUUUGUCCAAUGAAUGUGACUGAGUAGAGUUGCCUACAGUUCCUGCAAAAGAGUUUAACUAGUCUGUUGUUCCUCAGCUUUUUAUUUUUCUUGGUAUGUUUCAAGCUGUUCAAUGCAAAGUGACAUAAUGAUGUUGCAAGAGUACCUUUAACACUUUAACUGAAAGUGUGUUCUGUCAGUGUAUGCCAGUGUUUUAUUAAAGGAAAGCAGUUACCGUUAACCUUGCGCCAUGACCUAAAUAACAGAAUUUCCACUUUUGAUGGGCACGAAUUGUGCCAGUUUUUUCUUCUUCUUUUUCAUUGCCCGUGAGCAUUGCAUGCUCGCACUUGUGGACAAUUAAUUCUCCGUUAAGCAGAAAUGCAUGUGAUGUUCAUUCUCAUUCCAAUAUGCAUCCUGGCAUUGCAGUCAGGUGUUCAUAAUUAGCAUGUUAUCUGCGCAUUCAGCCAAAUAAAUGUUAUGAUAAAAAAUA